AUGGAGCUGUGUGGUUCCACCAUGACUGAAAGUGGGAGUUCUGUGUGCCAGGUGGAGCAGCUAGUUUGCACCGGCGUCGUCUCCCUCGCUGAACCAAACGGCAGGCUGUGUCGCCGGCAGGCCAACGAACACCAAUUCCACAACCUCCACCACUUCACCCACCAGCCCUGGGCUAACCACCCUACCUCGGCUGUGGCAACCCAACACAGGGCCAGCGGGGCAGUAGAGGCCUGGUGCAACACUCUGGAUUGUGCCGUCUCCGGCAAGCUGGAGGAGAGGGUGGCGGCGGUGGCAUGUGGGGGUCGAGGAAAGGUGCUGGUGACGGGAGGAGGCGGCUACUUCGGCUUCAGGUUGGGGAGAGCGCUGGCCAUCCGGGGAGUGUCUGUGAUCCUGCUGGACCUGCAUGAGCCUCCCUGGGAUAUUCCGGAUGGAGCGGUCUUCUAUCAGAGUGAUGUUCGGGACUAUGCUUCACUCUUCAAGGUGUGUGAAGGGGUGAAAUGUGUAUUUCACCUGGCCUCCUAUGGCAUGUCUGGACCAGAACAGCUGAAGAGAGAAAAGGUGGAGUCAGUCAACGUUGGAGGUACCAGCAACAUAAUAAACGUAUGCAAGGAGAGAGGCAUCCCUCAGCUGGUGUACACGAGCACCGUCAAUGUGGUGUUCGCCGGCAAACCAAUUGAGGAAGGAGACGAGGAGUCUGUGCCGUGUGUGCCCCUGAAUAAGCACAUAGAUCACUACUCCAGAACCAAAGCAAUUGCAGACCAGAUGGUCCUCUCAGCCAACAGGAGCUCAAUCACAGGUGGGGGCCUGUUGCGAACUUGCGUCCUGCGCCCAUCUGGGAUCUAUGGACCGGGAGAAAGGAGACACCUUCACAGGGUGAUGGUGAAUGUGGAGCGCAGGUUGUUCAGUUUCAGCUUCGGUGACCCCCAGGCCAGGAUGAACUGGGUACACGUAGAUAACCUGGUACAGGCCCACAUACUGGCUGCUGAGGCACUCACACCAAAGAGAAACCACGUAGCUAGUGGGCAGGCCUAUUUCAUUAAUGACGGAGAGUCAGUUAACCUGUUUGAGUGGUUGACGCCACUGUUUGAAAAGCUGGGCUGCAGCAGACCGCUGAUACACCUGCCUGUCUCGCUGGUCUAUUCAGCAGCAAUCCUGGUGGAAUACUUACAUAUGGUUCUGAGUCCCAUAGUAGAAAUCCCUCUGCUCUUCACCAGGAAUGAGGUGCGAAACAUAGCCGUUAGCCACACCUUCAGGACCGACAAGGCCCGGCGAGAAUUGGGCUUCUGUCCGAGACGCUACAGUCUGGCAGACUCUGUCGAACAGUACCUGAAGUCCCGACCACCUCGCUCCAGAUCCAGUCUCCUAGACCUGUCCUGGGCCUCCCAACCAUCCCAGCCCUUAGUCCUGCUAAUGAUGUUGGGGCUCAGCCUGGUGCUACUGCUGCUGUGCUCCCACCUAUGUCAAUAUUAGUCAUCUCGUUAGUCUCACUGAAAUGGACCUUUGUUUUGAAAUGAUAGAAAAUAAAUCCCAUUUACUCUCAUUGGGGGGUGAUGACCAACACAAUGGCUUGUAUUGUGUCAAGCCUUAGAAAAGAGUGGCUGUUGUACAGUACCACAGCUAGCACUUUUGUCUUCCUUAAUCAUUGCAAUUUCAAAAUUAAAACUGAUCUCUCUGCAGGACCAGGCACAAGCGUUUUAAAGAGAAAUUCCAGCACUUGCAGUUUCCUGUAAAGUAAUAAAAUGUCAUAAUUCUCACACCUACUUACGGUUUUGACUUUUUAUGUAAUGUAAACAUAUUUUCGGUAAAACUUAUUCACAAGUAUUUAAAAAUGCUCCUAAAAUCAGCGUGCAGGGACCAGAAUAGAAUAUUUCUUACCUGCACUCGAUGCUGUUAGGUUCAAAUAGCUCCCUGCCUGUGAUAUUUCCUUAUGUAACACCUGACAUGGCUCUGUAAACCUGCAUUUCAGUCAGUUGUUUGUUCAUUUGGGUUAUUUCAACAUGUUUCCGGUGCUGAUUCAGUCUGAGACAGUUGCACUGCGUUCUGCAAAAGCAGUGAGCUUUUGAUUUUCAUGUUGUGAGACGGGUGCACUUGAAUUGUCCUGUUGCUAGUUUGUUGUUUAGUAGGCGUGCAUGUGUGGAGAAAGUGCUUGCGAAACAGUGCAACUGUAACAGGCCUCUGAAAAGUCUGCGGCCCAUUUUGUGUGUAAAUGUGUUGGAGUUAUGCGAUGAUUGAAGUGACGAAUAUUUUAUCAGAUUGAGGAGGAAAAAUAGAGAUAAUGCAAACUGAUAUUUAUAUUACAGAUAUUUGGACUUUGUUGUUGAUGGUUUUUUGACUCUUAACUGAUGCAUGCUUCCAGUUUGUAAGAUUUGUUUUGGUUUAUAUUCAUGUAGAAUUCAACCAACCAAAACCAUUUUGUAAGCUUUUAGGAACUGGUGGAGUAACACUAGAUGCCAAUUAGUUUUACAUCAGCAGCAAGCACGUGUAUAAAGUGUUUGAUUUCCUCCCUCUACUCUUCUUACGACACAUGUAUGUGUGGAAAAUAAUAUGCAUAUUUAUAAACGAGAAAAUGUAUCGACAUUCUAGAUCGACGUCCGGACAUUAAAAAUUGCCCUUACACCUGAACAGAUCCUCUUCUCGUAUUUUACUGACGUCAAGCCUGACUGCAGCAGCCUGUCUCUGUACGUAUAGCCGAAGGG